AUGGACGCGCUUCUCGCGGCGCACGCACAACAGGUCAACAAACAUAAUCUCUCGCCCGCCCUCAACUCCGUUUCCUCGCUCAUCAGUCUCCUCCAAACCACCCGCGAUUCCAUCGCCGCCAACCCAGAUCAUGCAGCACUACAACUUGCCAAAACAAAAGCGCCUCUGAAGGAAUCACUUGCCAAGAUCGAAGAGGACCUCAAGGAUGUUAAUCGUGGGCUGAAUGCAUAUCAGAAAGCGCUCAAGGACAAAUUCAAGAAUGCGUCGUUACCAGUUGCGGGAGCAGGCGUGUUGGAGGAGCAGGGCGAGUUGAUUGAUCGGGCGAUCGCAAUGCAUUUGCUGAGGGAGGGUAAAUUUGAGGUGGCCAGGAUAUUUUUGGAAGAAGUGAAUGAACGACCACGCAGAGAGAGGGAGAGCGAGGGAGCCGACGAUGUAUCAAUCACGGCAACCGCAGGCUGGCCGUACGGCAGAGAUGGCAGCGAGGAAGCGGACAUGCAAUCCUCAGUUCACUCCGAGGAAAGCCUUCUCUCGACCGUUCAAUCUAGCGGCCUCCAGGCCAAGUUCUCGGAAAUGUAUCACAUUCUGGACGCUCUCCGCAACUUCCACAACCUCUCCCCAGCAGUCGCAUGGGCACGCUCCCACUCCGCCGAACUGGAAGCCCGUGGUUCAAAUCUCGAAUUCGAACUCGCUAGACUGAAGUUUGUCGAGCUUUACACCGCAACCUCUGCAGACGUCAUGUCGGACUCGGACUCCUCCUCUUCAGACUGCUUCUCCGGUCCCCUUCGCGCAUUGGAGUACGCCCGAGAGACAUUCCCCUCCUUCUCCCAACGCUACGCCCGCGAAACAUCCUCACUAUUAGGCUCACUCGCAUUCUCGCCAGACCUCCAUUCGUCACCUUACUCACCCUCCUUCACCCAAACCUCCUACACAGAAGCCUGCUCCUCCUUCACCCAGGAAUUCUGCUCGCUACUCGGCCUCUCCUCCGUCUCCCCACUCUACACAGCGGUGACGGCAGGCGGAAUCGCCCUCCCAAUUCUUGAGAAGGUGGAACGCGUGAUGGCGCAAGCUCGAGGACAAUGGACUUCCGUCAACGAAUUACCCGUGGAAACACCACUACCGAGAGGCAUGCAAUUCCAUCAGAUUUUCGUGUGUCCGGUCAGUAAGGAACAGGGACGGGAUGGGAACCCGCCGAUGAUGUUGCCUUGCGGACAUGUCAUUGCAAAGGAGAGUUUGGAGGCGCAUGCUAAGGGCAAGAGUCGAGUGAAAUGUCCGUAUUKUCCGAUCRAGUGUCAUCCAAAGGAGGCGAAGAGGUUGUACAUUUGA